AUAUAUUCAAAAAAAUGCAUACUAUUAGUAUAAUUUAAUAUGUAAUAGCAUAUUAACCACUAUUUUUAUUCCGUUAUAGAGUGACCUUAUUGCAUAGAUAUUUGUUAUAGAUAAGAAUGAGUAAACUUUAAACAUGUGCUUGUGAUGUCAUUAAAAUUCUAUUUCAUUGAAUCAGUAAUUGGCGUUACUGGAUUCUUGUCUCACUGAUAAUCAUAUCGAGAACUACCUUUGAGGAGUCAAUGUUGCUUCAUCUCAUCUUUUCGUUGUCCGUCUUUAUACUGAUAGACAACGGGAAUGCUGGUUUAACGAGUUCAUUUAUUCGUAAUGAGUGGCCAUCUGUCGAUAUUCCUCUUGACAAUGAAGUCUUUGCUGUUCCUAAGGGUUAUAAUGCUCCACAACAAGUGCAUAUCACACAGGCUGAUUAUGAAGGGAAGGCUGUUCUAAUUUCAUGGAUUACACCUGAUAAACCGGGGCCUAGUCAAGUACGUUACGGAUUAUCUGAAGGAAAAUCUGAGUUUACAGCUGAGGGUUCAGUAACAAAUUACACAUUUUACAACUACACGUCUGGCUAUAUACAUCAGUGCUUUCUUGAUGGCCUUCAGUAUGACAGAAAGUAUUACUAUGAAAUUGGAGAUGGUGACUCUGCUCGAAAGUUCUGGUUUGAAACUCCUCCAAAGGUUGAUCCAGAUGCUUCAUACAAAUUUGGAAUCAUAGGUGAUCUAGGACAAACAUAUAAUUCUCUUUCAACUCUUCAGCAUUACAUGAAUAGUGGAGCGAAGAGCGUCUUAUUUGUAGGAGAUCUCUCUUACGCGGACAGAUAUAAGUAUGGUGAUGUUGGUAUCCGUUGGGAUACAUGGGGCCGCUUUGUUGAACAAAGUGCAGCAUAUCAACCUUGGAUUUGGUCAGCCGGGAAUCAUGAGAUAGAAUAUAUGCCGUAUAUGGGGGAAGUAACUCCAUUCAAGUCAUAUCUGUACAGAUAUCCUACACCUUAUCAAGCUUCAAAAAGCAUUAGCCCACUUUGGUAUGCUAUUAGGAGGGCAUCUGCUCACAUAAUUGUGCUAUCAACCUAUUCUCCUUUCGUAAAAUAUACACCACAAUGGAAGUGGCUGAGAGAGGAAUUGAAAAAUGUGGACAGAGAGAAAACUCCUUGGCUUAUAGUUCUUAUGCAUGUUCCUAUCUACAACAGUAAUGUAGCCCAUUUUAUGGAGGGGGAAAGUAUGAGAUCCGUUUUCGAAGGAUGGUUCGUUGAACACAAAGUUGAUGUAAUCUUUGCCGGCCAUGUCCACGCCUAUGAACGAUCAUAUCGCGUAUCAAAUAUACACUAUAACGUCUCGAGUGGUGAUCCUUAUCCCAUACCAGAUAAAGCAGCUCCUGUUUACAUAACAGUUGGUGAUGGAGGAAAUCAAGAAGGACUUGCUUCAAAAUUUAGAGAUCCACAACCAGAAUAUUCUGCAUUCCGCGAAGCAAGUUAUGGCCAUUCCACGCUAGAGAUUAAGAACAGAACACAUGCAUUAUACCAUUGGAACAGAAAUGAUGAUGGAAAGAAAGUUAAAAUCGACUCUUUCGUGUUACACAACCAGUACUGGGGAAGCAAUCAUCACAGGAGAAAGUUGAACAAGAAUCAUCUCCAUUCAGUCAUUUUAAACAGGGCUUCAACUGCACAACUGUGAGACAAAUUUCUGGAGCAUACUGAAUAUGGAUCAUUCAAAAUAAAAAUUAUUAGUUUGUGCUGUUCAUUGCAUUAUUCCAGUACGGAAAAGUUGUAUCCGAAUGUUAUACUGUCGCUGCUUAAUUCACAAUGCAUUCACUUCAUUUAUUCA